AAACGGCUUUCCUGAACCAGCGGCCAAGCUGUGGUGGAACUCCAGAGAGAUGCAGCUGUCUUUGACUCAGCCACGUUCCUGGACACUGCUUCUACUACUGGUGUCCAACCUGCUCCUGUGGGAGAAUGUGGCAUCAGUACCCAUGUGUGCAAUGAGGAAUGGUCGUUGCUUUGUGUCACUGAAGGACAUGUUUGAUCUGGCAGGCAGUUUGUCUCAUGAAAUCAGUCAAGAAGUUUCAGGAAUGCUCACUGAAUUUAAAAGACGCUAUGCUGAAUUCCAUGGGCUCAACGACACAGCCCUCACCAGCUGCCACACUUCUUCUGUCUCCGUUCCAGAAAACAAGAAACAAGCCAUGAACACAAAUUAUGAAGUCUUACUGAAAUCAGCGGACAUCCUUUUGGGUGCCUGGAAAAAUCCUCUGCAACACCUAGAGAAAGAAAUAGCCACCUUGAAAGAUGUGCCUGCUGGUGUCAUCUCCAAAGCCAAACUCAUCAAGGAAAAGGACUCUGGACUGCUGGAGGGAAUUAAAAGCCUUAUCAACAUGAUUCACAUUGGAGAAACUGAGAACUACCCUACCUGGUCUGGACUGGCAUCCUUGCAGUCAGACGAUGAAGAGGCUCGCAUUUUGGCUUUUUAUAAUUUGAUCAGCUGCCUAGACCAUGACUCUAAGAAGGUUGACAUUUGUCUCAACAUCGUGAAGUGCAAAGUUUCCCAACCAGGCAACUGCUAAGCCUUCUUCCAUCUGAUCUGCUCCUGAAAUAUAAAGCAUCAUUUAAACUUUUUAUCUUCUGAAUUUUGUUGUUUUUGUCUCGCUUAAAAAUAAAAAAAUGGCAGUUUUCCUUG